CAUUAACAUCAAGCAAGAAGCUCCAUCAUCCACUCUCCACUCCACUCGUCUGCCUGCACUGAGGUACCAACAACACCAGUGAAAUGGCUGCCCAGAACAACAAGGAGGUGGAUGCCCUGGUGGAGAAGAUCACCGGGCUCCACGCCGCCAUCGCCAAGCUGCCGUCGCUCAGCCCUUCCCCGGCCGUCGACGCGCUCUUCACCGAGCUGGUCACGGCGUGCGUUCCCCCGAGCCCCGUGGACGUGACCAAGCUCGGCCCGGAGGCGCAGGAGAUGCGGGAGGGCCUCAUCCGCCUCUGCUCCGAGGCCGAGGGGAAGCUGGAGGCGCACUACUCCGACAUGCUCGCCGCCUUCGACAACCCUCUGGACCACCUCGGCAUGUUCCCCUACUACAGCAACUACAUCAACCUCAGCAAGCUGGAGUACGAGCUCCUGGCGCGCUACGUGCCUGGUGGCAUCGCCCCUGCCCGCGUCGCCUUCAUCGGCUCCGGCCCGCUGCCGUUCAGCUCCUUCGUCCUCGCCGCGCGCCACCUGCCCGACACCAUGUUCGACAACUACGACCUGUGCGGCGCGGCCAAUGACCGCGCCAGCAAGCUGUUCCGCGCCGACAAGGACAUGGGCGCCCGCAUGUCGUUCCACACGGCCGACGUAGCGGACCUCGCUGGCGAGCUCGCCAAGUACGACGUGGUCUUCCUGGCCGCACUUGUUGGCAUGGCGGCUGAGGACAAGGCCAAGGUGAUAGCACACCUCGGCACACACAUGGCAGACGGGGCGGCCCUCGUCGUGCGCAGCGCACACGGGGCACGCGGGUUCCUGUACCCGAUCGUCGACCCCCAGGACAUCACCCUAGGUGGGUUCAAGGUGUUGGCCGUGUGCCAUCCAGACGACGACGUGGUGAACUCCGUCAUCAUCGCACAGAAGUCCAAGGACGUGCAUGUUAGUGGACUUCGCAGCGGGCCUGCUGUGGGUGGACAGUCUGCUCGCUCCACGGUGCCGGUGGUCAGCCCGCCGUGCAGGUUCGGUGAGAUGGUGGCGGAUAUGACACAGAAGAGAGAGGAGUUUGCCAACGCCGAGGUGGCCUUUUGACCGAUCCUCGCCAGCGGACAAUAAUGAACGUGCAUGUGGUAAUUUUCCUACCUCGCUGCUUGAUCGCUUGCAAUCGCACGCUCGUGGUAAUUCUCCUACUACUACUGAUGCAUUUGAAUUAAGCCAUGUGAUGUUUCUACCCAAUAAACUAUGUGUGGUGUUUACACGCGAAUGUCUUGUAUACACCUUGUAUGUGCAAGUGCUGGGAAUGAUACUUUUGCUAUA